AUAUACUUCAUAGUGACAAACAACAGAUUGCAAAGAAUACGAUCAUUUCUAUAAACUUUGAAAUGAUUUUUCUAGUGAUACUUUUUAUUUUUUAUUGUUUGAUAGCAGGUUGUAACUCGGAAGACCCAUUUGUACAAAUUCCUCAAGGUCACGUACAAGGAUAUUAUAAAAAAUCUUACAACGGUCGAACGUAUUCCGCUUUUGAAGGCAUACCAUACGCCAAACCACCAGUUGGACAUUUGAGAUUUGCUGAACCGGAGGCUGCCGAUAAUUGGAAUGGAGUUUUAAUUGCCAAUAAAACUUACAGAUGUGCAUGUUAUAUUCCUAUUGUUGGAUUGAGGGGCGUUAUGGGAGACGAAAACUGUUUGUAUGUAUAUGUAUAUGUGCCUUUGAAGAGAAUUGUUGGAGACGAAAAUUUGAAUGUAAUUAUUCAUAUACAUGGUGGAGCAUUCAUGGUUGGUUCUCCUGGACUUGUAGCCGGACCUGAUUAUUUAUUAGAUGAGGAUGUUGUGUAUGUUUCAUUUAAUUACCGUUUAGCCAUUUUAGGAUUUUUAAGUACCGAAGACAACGUUGUAUCUGGUAACAAUGGUUUGAAGGACCAAGUUAUGGCUUUAAAAUGGGUUAAGGAUAAUAUAAAAUAUUUUGGUGGAAAUCCCGAUUCCAUUACUUUAACUGGAUUUUCAGCUGGUGGCGCAAGCGUUCACUAUCAUUACCUUUCACCCUUAUCGAAAGGUUUAUUCCAUAGAGGAUUAUCACAAAGUGGAACUGCGCUCGUUCCUUGGGCAAUCAUAGAAAAACCUUUAACUAAAGCGAAACAAGUAGCGUCCCAUCUCGAUUGUCCAACACAUUCUACCAAAGAAAUGGUUGAAUGUCUUCGUAAAACUACCGCUAAGGAUCUUUUGACAGCAAUGUCAAAGCUAUUUCUAUACUUUAAAAUAGUACCGCUCAUUAUUUUUGGUCCGGUAAUAGAGAAAGGGGAUAAUCCGUUUUUAAAUGAACAUCCAUAUACAUUGAUCAAGCGGGGUGAAUUUCAGAACGUUCCAUGGAUUACAUCUAAUGUCAAAGACGAAGGAAUUUUCGUAGCACUAGGUAUGAUAUUAACUCGUGCUACAAACGAGGUAGAUAAAAAGUGGGAUGAAAUUAUACCAUAUUUGCUGGAUUUGUAUGAUACAGUAGAUGAAGCUGAUAAGAUGGCGGUUACGAAGAGUAUUAGAAAGUAUUAUUACGAUCAUAAAUCACUAAGCGAAGACAAUCUUUCUUCUAUGGUGGAGUUAUGCAACGAUAGGUUCUUUUUUACCGAUACAGAACAAGCAAUAAGAUUACAAUCGGCGGUUAACAAGAGCGAAGUUUAUUAUUAUUUCUUAACUUAUAUACCAACUAAUCCAUCAAUACCGUAUUUUGGAAUCAAAAAAGGAGUUUGUCACGGCGAUGACGUUGCAUUAUUAUUUAAAACAAGUUUUAUUCCAUUGAAAAGAAGCAGUAGGGACGAAAAAAUGAUUAAAAUUUUCACACAAUUCAUUGCUACUUAUGCAAAUACCAGUAAACCUUCAUUUAACAAUAUUGAAUGGCUACCGGUUACACCUGGAAGCAAAUUAAUAGAUACUAUGAAAAUAGAAUCACCGACUAAAAUGGAAAUGAUAAAGAUGGAGACAAUAGGAUCUUCAAAGUUUUGGGAAGAUUUACCAAUCAAAGAAAACCGAAAGUUAUUUCCUGAUCUUCGUUAAAAGACUGUUGUUUAGAUUAGCGUUUCAAAAAUUGUGAACUGUUCUGUUUAUUUUAUUGUUAUGUAGCAGAUUAAAACUGCAUUUUGAAACAGGAAAA